CAAUAUUCCUCAGUCGUACUGCAUUUUCGGGUGAAGCAACAGAAAAUUUACCUUCCGCGUGCGUACCGUGUGCUGUGUGAGCGUGAUGUUGAGUGAAGGGUGUAUGGGUCAAAAUCCGCGAUAGGUGCAAUGCAAAUCAAUCCCCCGCCGCAAGGGAUGUUGACCCUUGUGACCGUACUCGUGUUUGUGGCCCUUGGGGAAGGCUCAAUGAUGAGCUUCGAGGACAGUGUUUGGGACUCCCCGCCGUACUUUGACGACUCCACAGUGCGCGAAGUAACCGCGGCGGCGGGAUAUCCGGCAAUGCUCAGGUGCCGCGUGCGCAACAUCGGUGAUCGUGCUGUAUCGUGGAUUCGACGUCGUGAUCUUCACAUCCUCGCCAUUGGCAUCAUGACCUACACCAACGAUCCCCGCUUUCAGGCUGAACACUCUGAGGGCUCCGACGAUUGGACACUCAAAAUUCGCUCAGCUCGUCCCGCGGAUUCUGGGGUUUAUGAGUGCCAGAUAUCCAUUGAUCCCAAAAUCAGCCUUGGGAUUCAUCUCAAUGUCAUUGCCAGUCACGCACGUAUUCUUGGUGGGCGUGAGGUUUUUGUACGACGUGGUAGUGAUGUCAAUCUCACGUGUCUCGUGGAAACUGCCCCAGCACCCAUUGAGCUCCAUUGGGCCCGCAACGGUCGACCGCUGGAUUUCUCACAGCGCGGCGGAAUGAGCAUCCUGUCGGAGCGUCGUGCACGCACCAGCCAGUUGCUCAUGAGUCGCGUCUCACCACGUGAUGCUGGCAACUAUAGUUGCUACCCAAUGGGAAAUAGUGGUACUGAUGCCGCUUUUGUGCUCGUUCACGUGAUAAAGGAUGAAAAUAGUGCCGCCAUGCAGCACGAAUCAUCAGCUCCACCCACAGAAGCCCACAGCAUAGCGCUCUUUGCGGCAAUUGUAGUCACCUUGUCCCAUACCUCAGGUGCUAGGUGAUAAUUCAGGUGUGUGUGGAGCACAAUGGCGAAGCCGAUGACGGAUUGGGCAAAUUGUUGCUGAUGCCUGACUCCCAGGAGGGCUUCCUCAUGACUCAACGAUACGCGAAUACCAACGACUCACGAGAAGCCUCUCUGUUGCACGUGAAUGGUUGAUUUUAUUUUCGGUGACGAAGCAUAAAAUGCACAACGCUUCCCACGGCAUAGCUGUGGCAAAGCGACUAAAGAACAGAACAGGCCCGCAGGUAAGGGCGCGAUGUAAGGGUAAGGGUGGUAAAGAGAGGGUAUAAUAAUAAAUAAAGAAAUUGUUGAAAAUGUGGAAAA